AUGGAGCAAAUUAUUCAGCAAAUUCAAUGUCUCGAACAAGCCACUCGUGAGGACGAAGAAAAGAUUGAAAAGGAACGUUUCAAUCAUCAAGAAACUCAACGUCUAAGGGAUAAGACUCUUAGGGAGAUGGAUGAAGUUGAGAAGAGAAAUCAAGCCUUAUCUGAAUCCAUACUCCAAUUUGAAGUCAAUAAUGAUGGUAUUAAAUUGGAGAAUCAGAACCUUAAAGCAUUAUUGAAGGAAUCAAAAAGUAGGCUAUGGGAAUUACAAACUCAACUCGACGAAAGAAAGAAAGAGGUAGAUAGCUACUCCUCUCAAGUCGCUCAAAGGCUUCAUCAAAUCAAUGCAAGUCUUGCUGAAAAGGUCAAGAACAACUCCAUCAACAAUGUCAUGAAACAAACGGAGGUCCUUAAAAGAAGACUCACCGAAUUGAAGAGGCGAGAUGAUUUGAGAAGGAAAUUGGAGCCAUCCUUUGAGGCAAACAAGUUGGAUGAAGCAGCCACUCGUUUGGAAUCAGAAAGGGGUGAAAUUCAGAGAGUAUUGGCAGAACAGCAGCAAAUUGUUGAAACGAGAAGGAUGGAAUUGGACAAACUAUUGAAUGAAUUCAAUGCCCACUCUGAGCGCUUUAGAAAACUCUCACAAAAAGACUCUAACGACCUGUUCCAACAAGCAAGUGAUAUCAGUAGUAUCACUGCUGAAGAUCUCGAUGUUCAAGUGCCUGAUAGCAUCCGUGAGGCUUUGUUUCAAUCCAAGUCCGAGCUAUUGAGUAUUAGAGAAAAGCACGCGGAGGAGGAUGCCAUGGCUACUACACUCGAACAGAAAUUGGAGGAAAUGGGUAAGAAAACUCAAGAAUUGAACGAAAUUCUCAACUCAAUGUCAUGUUCCAAAUGUUCCGUGAAUAUGGCUCUUACUAACGAAUAA